AUGCAGGAGAUUCUCGCUGACCUUCGUGUAGCAUUGCGAAUGUUCGGCGCACUCGGAGGACCGACUAGCGGCAGGGUGACAGUGUGCGGCCACAGUUUGUACACCAGCCAAGAGUUGGUACGCAGGGAGGUCACACUGUGCCAGCAGUCUGACAUCUUUUUUGAGGACCUGACAUGCGAGGAGAACGCCAUUUACUUCGCCACCCUAAGGGAUACCGACGGCGGUGAUGUGCAGCAUGCCACGACGAGCAUGCUGGAGAAACUGAACUUGAGCGACGUGGGACCCAAGAUGCCCGGAGAGAUUUCCUGCGGAAAGGCUCGAAUGUUGAGUCUGGCCACCGCCAUCGCUUCGCAGCCCAAGCUUCUCAUGCUCGACGAGCCCUGCUCGGGCCUGGACCCUGGUACUCGUCGUAAAAUCUGGGGCCUACUGCAGCAGAUUGGGAGAGAGAGGGCAGUUUUGUUGUCCUCGCACGACAUGGACGAGGCAGACGCCGUGGCGGACCAGAUCAUCAUAAUGGCCGCAGGAAGGAUAAUUUGCAGUGGUUCGACUACGUUUCUCAAGAAAGCCUGCGGUGUUGGAUACAAGGUGACCCUCCAUAAAGAUCCCCAGCUAUUCAAUCUGAAGCAGGCGCUCGCCACUAUUCAAAGCGUUAUCCCCGGCGCUGAAGUGCACGAGGACAAACAAAGCUCUGCGACUAUCGGACUGCGCACGCUCGAUCAUCGCGGUUUUCCGGCUCUGUUCGACAGGCUGGAAAGCUCGUCGAAGCAGCUUGGCAUCGUCGACAUUGCCGUCACAGUUGCCACUAUGAAAGACGUCUACACUAAGUAA